AUGACUGUUAACAGUUCAAGUCUUAUCAAAAAUUUGCUAGAUACAACAACAACAACGUUCGAAUGUUUACAUCAACUCAAAACUUUGAAGGUGAAUAUUGAAAACUGGGAUCCUCUUAUAAUCUUCGUGGUAGUACAAAAACUAGACUGUGAAACGCACAAAGACUGGGAAGAGCAUGUAAGUAGCAAUUGUCAAGAUUCUGAAACUCUACCGUCGUUGGAUAUGUUUCGCAAGUUCUUGGAAAGCCGAUUUAGAACGUUGGAACUCACAGAACCAACAAAACAAAAGUCGAGUCCUGUUCAAGUGCGAGAGAAGACAUUUCAUGUAACUACUAAUGUUGAAAACACUAAGCAAUGUAAAAUAUGCAAAGAAUGUCAUACACUUAGCCAUUGCAAAGAAUUUGGAAAACAAUCACCUACGGAAAGAUGUGAGUUCAUCAAAACGAACAACCUGUGCUUCAAUUGCCUUGCACCUGGACACUCUGUAAGGUAUUGUCGUAUACCAACAUGUUGUAGAAUAUGCAAAAGACGUCAUCAUUCACUUCUACAUGAAAAUAAGGAGGUUCAACGUGACACAACGGGCAAUACUAAGAAAGAAACAAAACAAUCCGAAGUGACACUACAUACAAACGUGGAGAAGAGUGAAGAACAAGACGUAACAAUGAUGACAUCACACGUUUCAACAACACAAAGCACAUCAUUAUUAGCGACCGCAAUCGUACGAGUAAGAAGUCAAACCAAUCACACAAUGAUAUUACGUGCUUUAAUAGACCAAGGCUCACAAGCGAGCUUCAUAAGUGAACGCGCUGCACAACAACUCAUGGCAACCCGGUAUCCUAUCAAGGGUACAGUUGUCGGUGUGGGAUCAACGAAAGAAGAACUCAAGCAAGUAGUUCAAAUCAGCGUCGAAUCAAGGUGUGAAGAUUUCAACAUGGAAAUCCGAACAUAUGUUCUAUCGAAACCAUUGACUACUAAGUUACCAUCCCGCACUAUCAACACUAACAAUUGGCCUCAUCUAGAAGGACUAGUCCUGGCUGAUCCAAGCUACUACCAGCCAGGUUCUAUCGAUUUGCUUCUGGGUGUCGAUGUGUAUGCACAAAUUGUACAAGAUCAAAUAAUCAAGGGUCCGCCAGGGUCACCGUGUGCUCAUAAAACAAACCUCGGCUGGAUUUUGUUCGGAAGAGUAGAAGAGACCACACAGCAAGCUGAAGCUUUUCUUGUUAUGCAUCAUCAGAUUUUAGGAGAAGAUUUACUAAAACUAUUUUGGGAAAUAGAACCAGAGUCGAAGAGGAAAUAUACAAAGGAAGAAAAGCAAUGCGAAAGUUACUACGAGGAGACUUAUACAAGAAACAGCAGAGGACAAUACGUCGUGAAACUCCCAUUCCGAACCAAUAAACCUGUAAUACCGGAAGCGACAAGAGAAAUUGCAAUGAAACGCUUGAUUCAGCAAGAAAGAAGACUAGAAAAAACACCUGAAUUAAGGGAAGAGUACGACAAGGUAUUAUAUGAAUACUUAGCAAUGGGACACAUGGAACAAGUUCCAGAACAGGAAAUGAAUAAUCAAUGCAUUUACCUACCACAUCACGCUGUAGUUCGAACAGACAAAGAGACAACAAAACUCAGAGUUGUUUUUGAUGCGUCGUGUAAAGGCAACAACGGCGUAUCGCUGAAUGAUGAGCUCUUGGUUGGUCCAGUACUGCAAGAAGAUAUGCGAAGUGUGAUUAUGAGGUGGCGCAUGCAUCAAAUCUGUUUCGUAAGUGACAUCACAAAAAUGUACAGGAUGGUGCUUCUGGACAGAUAUGAUACAGAUUACCACAGAGUGCUGUGGAGAGGCAAAGUUAAUAACCACAAUGAACCAAAUUGCCAGCUACCUGAAAUCAAAGAUUACAGAUUAAAAACGGUCACGUUCGGUACAGCAUCUGCACCUUACCUAGCUACUAAAACUUUGAUGAAACUCGCAGAAGAAGAAGGUGAACACUAUCCUGAAGCUGCCAAGAUUAUUCAUGAAGACUUCUACGUCGACGAUUUGAUGUCGGGCUGCGACACAACAGAACAAGCAAUUCAUGUUAGUAAGCAAAUUACAACAAUUCUGGAAAAAGGAGGGUUCAAAUUACAAAAAUGGGCGUCCAAUGACGCGAAGUUUCUCAAGUCCAUGGACGCUAACAAGGUCACAACAAAGGCCAAUCUAGACCUUAAACUAGACGGCACCAUCAAAGCUCUUGGUAUUGCAUGGAACCUUAGAGAAGACGAAUUUCAUUACCAAUUACAACUGGAACCUAUAUCAUCAAACAUUACAAAGAGAACCAUUCUAUCUGAUUUACAGAAGUUGUUUGAUCCACUGGGGUGGAUAGCUCCAGUCAUCAUAACAGCAAAAAUCUUAGUACAAAAACUAUGGCUUGAAGGAGUUGGAUGGGAUCAAGAAAUCAGUGAUAAACUGAAGCAAGAAUGGAAGUUCAUAAGAAGAGAUUUAGAAAAUGUUAAGGAAAUAAGUAUAAGACGUUGGGUGAAUACUCUCAGCACUAAAAGAGAUCGAAUUACGCUGCAUGGAUUCUGUGAUGCGUCGGAAAGAGCAUAUGCAGCUGUGGUAUACUGUCGAGUACAAACUGAGGAUGAUGAGAUAAAGAUAAAUCUUGUCGCAUCAAGAACAAAAGUAGCUCCAAUCAAGACAGUUUCACUACCACGCUUAGAGCUGUGUGGAGCAACAUUAUUAUCUAAAUUAUUAGUCCAAGUGAGCCAAGCUAUGAGAAUUCCUGCAGAUAACGUAUUUGCAUGGACUGACUCUACUAUAGUCCUAGCGUGGCUUCGUGGAGAACCAAACCGAUGGAAACCAUUUGUUGCUAACCGUGUGGUGGAAAUACUAGAACAAACAAGCAGUACUCAUUGGUACCAUGUGCAAUCAGCGCACAAUCCAGCAGAUAUUGCUUCACGGGGAUCAUCAAUAUCAGAACUACAAGAGAAGACAUUAUGGUGGGAUGGACCUACCUGGCUUAAGAAUGAACCUAUUGAAUUUACAAGACCCACGAUAGCAAACAUAGAAUUAGAAAGAAAGAAAACCAUACAGUCCUACGUAAACGCAACAGUAGAGGAAAAGUAUAUUAAAUUUGAAGAAUACCAGUCACUUACCGAGCUAUUACGAAUAAUAGUGUAUUGUAGAAGAUUUUUAAAUAUGAAGAGAGAUUCAAAAAGACUGGGUCAUGAAAUGACAACUGAAGAACUACAAAGAGCUACCGAAAUUUGCGUGAAGAGAGUUCAAGAAGAAGAAUUUCAUGAUGAAAUAAGAAGGUUAAAAGAAAAUAAGAAUGUAAAAAGCACUAGCCUUGUGAAGACACUAAACCCAUUUUUGGAUAAACAAGAUAUCCUCAGGGUGGGCGGAAGAUUAAGAAACGCAGACGCCAACGAGAAUCUAAAACAUCCUGUGAUACUAGGCAAAAGAAACAGUUUCAUAUCAUUGGUUGUGGCGGAUGCACACCUGAAAACAAUGCAUGGUGGUAUAAAUAUGAUGAUUACUUACCUGAUGAGUAAAUACUGGAUUGUUGGCUGCAAGAGUCUGGUGAAGAAAUAUAUACAUAGUUGUCUUACCUGUGCGCGCCAACGAGCUGCUAGUAGACACCAGUUGAUGGGCGACUUACCUGAACCUCGCGUGACUCCAGCGCGUCCUUUCGCUCGAAGUGGAGUGGAUUUUGCUGGCCCUGUUUAUGUAUUAAACUCUAAAGGAAGAGGAGCAAAAACCAACAAGGCAUACAUUUGCAUUUUUAUCUGCAUGGCUGUAAAGGCUAUACAUCUAGAACUAGUCAGUGACUUGACAUCCGAUGCAUUCAUCGCAGCUUUCAAACGCUUUGUAGCCAGAAGAGGAAGAUGUACUGAAAUCUGGAGUGACAACGGCACCAACUUCGUGGCAUCCAACAAGGAAUUGCAUGCGAUGUGGCAAAAGGCAGGUCAUGAAGUACCCGGCCUUUUAGUUGAUCAACUGGCAAACGAUGGUACACAGUGGCAAUUCACACCGCCAUAUAGUCCUAACUUUGGAGGGCUUUGGGAAGCUGGAGUCAAGUCUGUCAAACAGCACUUAAGAAAGGUACUAACUAAGAACUUGACAUUUGAAGAAUUCACCACAGUACUCACACAAAUCGAGGCUUGUCUCAACUCCCGGCCUCUGACACCUAUAUCUACAGAUGUUGAUGUCAUCGAGGACAUCCAAGUCCUUACACCCGGUCAUUUCCUCGUCGGAGAAGCUCUUAUUACUGUACCUGACCGGAAGAUAGAUGCUCUAGAGAUGUGGUGCUGGAAGAAGAAGGUUGGCGUACCGUGGACUGAGUUCCGCACCAACGUAUCCAUACUCCGCGAACUCGGCAUCACAAAGCGUCUAUCAACCAUAGUACAGACGUCGUUUAUCAUCAUGCCGCUAUUAGUGCUUGAAGGAUGUCUCCUUCAAGCACUAAUAGCGGCAUGA